AACCCUUAGGCGUCAGCAAUAUGGAUUGUUAUUUCAUCACUGUAAAGUGCGUGAACGGACGAACGGGCAAACGGACAAACGAACGAACUUUAGCUCAAAUUCUGCGUAUACCCUCCUUUCAGUAGAGGGUAUAGGACACAGAUAAGUAUGAGACAUCUCAAGAGAUCAAUGUUAAACAGCCAGCUAUUGUCUUAUUGAAUCCUGGUGCGCCUGAAGGUUCACUAACCGUUGUGCCAACGACUAACAACGAACAAGAAGAAGCAAAUUACUGGAAUACACGUGCUACUGUCUAUCGCAUGGGUCCUGAUGAAUAUUUUCAUCGAGAUAAUCCACCAACAGCGGAUGCUAACGAUGAGUCCAAUUAA